AUGGAGUCUGAAAUCGAGAAACGUCCAAGCCCUCGCAUCUCUCUCGAUGUAGAAACACAAACCAAGUCCUCCGUAGACGCAGACGCCCUCAAGCUAGCAGAAAUGGGCUACACCCAAGACAUGGCGAGAAAGUACACCGUCUGGUCCGUUCUUGGGGUCGGAUUCUCAAUCACAAACUCGUGGUUCGGCAUCUCAGCCGCUCUCAUCACUGGCAUCAAUUCCGGAGGCCCGCUGCUCGUCAUCUACGGCAUCAUGCUCAUAGCGCUCAUCUCAACGUGUGUGGGUAUCAGUCUGAGCGAGCUGGCGAGUGCAAUGCCGAACGCGGGUGGACAGUACUUCUGGGCUGGUGAGCUAGCACCGAAGCGAUACACGAGACUUGCGAGUUAUAUGACGGGGUGGUUGGCGUGGUGGGGUGCCAUGUUUACGAGUGCGUCUGUGGCAUUGGCUAUGGGUAGUGCGUUGGUAGGGUGUUAUCAACUUGGGCAUCCGGACUUUGUCAUCCAGCCCUGGCACGUCUUCCUCGCAUACCAGCUCUCAAACAUCUUCUGCUUCCUCUUCAACUGCUACGGCAAAACGCUCCCCACAAUCGGCAAAACCACACUGUGGACCUCGCUGCUCUCCUUCGCCGUGAUACUCAUCGCUGUCCCAGCUGUCGCGCCUACACACCAGCACGCUCGCUUCGUCUUCGCCACCUUUAUAAACAACACAGGCUGGCAACAAGAUGGCAUCGCCUUCAUCGUCGGCCUCGUGAACACAAACUGGGCUUUCGCUUGUCUAGACUGCGCUACGCAUCUCGCCGAAGAGGUACACCGGCCGGAAAAAAUGGUGCCGAUAGCCAUCAUGGGGACUGUGGGCAUUGGGUUCGUGACGAGCUGGUUCUUCUCCGUUGCCAUGUUCUUCUCGAUUGUAGGGGACUUUGCUGAGAUUGGCGCAUCAGAUACUGGGGUACCUAUCCUGGAGAUCUUCUUUCGCGCGCUGGGAAACAAGGCUGGGGCAACGGUCCUUGAGGCGCUCAUUAUAGCUACGGGAUUGGGUUGCUUGGUCGCAAGUCAUACAUGGCAGAGUCGGCUGUGCUGGAGCUUUGCGCGGGAUCGUGGGCUUCCUGCUCAUCGGUGGCUGGCCAAGGUACAUGCAGGACUCGAUGUGCCUCUUAAUGCACACUUUGUGAGCUGUGUUAUUGUAGCUAUUAUGGGAUGUUUGUAUCUGGCUUCGUUGACGGCAUUUAACUCGAUGAUAACGGCAUGCAUCGUCCUUUUGUAUCUCAGCUACUCUGUUCCGGUCAUCUGUCUUCUCGUCCGCGGUCGCAACAACAUAGUCCACGGGCCAUUCUGGCUCGGCCCAAUCGGUCUUUUUGCGAAUGUCGUACUACUUCUCUGGACACUGUUCACACUGAUCAUGUACUCAUUUCCGUACGCGAAACCUGUUGAGGCGGGGAACAUGAACUAUGUAUGCGUAGUCUAUGCCAUUGUUGCUUUCAUCGCUAGCAUGGACUGGCUGUUUAGAGGAAGGAAGAAUUUCGUGGUCGCGGGCGAAAGGAAGGAGGAAGGAGCGAAUACAGGUCCGAGGAUCGUGGAUCUGCCUCGUUAUUAA